UUUACCGUUUGGUUUGUACAACUAAAUUUUUUUUUUUCUUGACCAAAUAUUUUUCUAAGUGUUUCCUGUACAUUUCCUGCAAAGCUGCAAGACGAUCAUUGAGACCAAAAUACCCCAUUGUACAAGAAGAAUGGACGCCAACUGGGUAUCACUGAAGCUGAUUCUGGCAGCAGCGCUGUUCCUGUCCUCACCUGCUUUGGUGCUGAAUGUUACCAUACCUGAAGUCGAAGUAGGAAAAACUGCCAACGUGUCACUGGAAUGUUCCAAUCCGUGUAUUGUGGAGGAAAACAAGGAAGAAGUUUUUCAGCAACUAAGCUCACUGAAACGAGAUCUAAUAGAAAACAUAACGGAGGUUCUUGAAGAGAGCUAUGAGAGACAGUUGAAAAACCAGCUACAGGUGACCUGAGUCGUGCGCUGAUGUUCAAGGUCUAGGCCCCCGACCUGUGGUCUCUCUCAGAAACUAUCUGAAAGUUGUCUGCGACACCGUUACUGACAAUGGCGGCUGGAUCGUGAUACUGAGACGUGCCUCGGCGGACGUAGAUUUUUUUCGUGGAUGGGCUGACUAUAAGAACGGAUUCGGCAACCUCAGGGGCAAUUUUUGGUUUGGGUUGGAGAAAAUCCACCAGCUGACCAACCAGCGCAAAUGGGAGCUGAGAAUUGACAUGACAUACGAGGGGAAAGACUACUACGCCUGCUACAACGACUUUGUUCUGCGCGGGGAAUCGGAAAACUACAAAAUUUUUAUAUCUGAAUUCUCGGGUAAUGUCAGUGAUGACAUGGCCUUUCACAAUGGCAUGCCGUUCUCAACCAAGGACAGUGAGAAGAACGCAUGUGCCAGUCAUUGGCACGGAGGUUGGUGGUACGGGUCAUGCCAUCGCGUGCACCUCACCGGAGUGUGGGGAAGCAGAGUGUUCUCGAAGGGCUUGAACUGGAAGAAUCUAACGGGAUUUUACCACUCUGUCAGCUUCAGUGAAAUGAAGAUCCGACCACAUGCUUAGUGACAGCCUUACAGCAAAGAAUCCCUAUGUUGAUUAGAUCCAAUUAUGAAUGAACUAGAUGUUUGCCUGUCUAUAUUAUUGGCUUGUCUUUAAG